AUGUGCGAGAAAACAUGUUUAGGGCUCACUGCUCUCACACAUCCACCAAUCCCAAAACUUCCAUCUAUUCCAUUACCGUCACUGCAGACCCAUCUCAAUUUCUCUUAUAAUUCGCCCCUCAAAACUGAAAUCCCAAAAAUACCCAAAAGAUUUGUGGUAUUUGCAAACAACGACAACGGGUUGGAGCAGGAUUCGAAUUCCAAGGAGAAGGUAGAAGAGAAAGGCAAAGAUGAAGGAAUUGGAUCCGACGGUAGUGGCAGUGUUGAUGAUUUAGGGAAGAAUCAACAGCCUUUAUUCGGCAACAUCAGAUGGGGUGAUCUCUUACCAGACCCAGAUCCUAACAACGUCUUGGCUGUCGGAUUUACUGGGCUGCUGACGUGGGUGAGUGUGCAGGUGCUGUCCAUCGCAUCGGCUAUGCUUGUUGUUGUUUGUAAGUAUUCCUUCAUUGCUGUUGUGCUUCUCUUCAUUCUCAUUACCUUCUUUGGCUCACUCGUCUUCCAAUUUUACUCCCAAACUUCUUGA